UGGAGGUGGGCGGGGCUUGCGGUCCCCCGUGUCGGACACUGGGCGCUGCUGCGGAGCAGCGACGUGGGCGGUGGGAAUGGCUCGUCAGGGACGGUGGUGUUUUCAACGGGCGGAAUCCUGCGACCGCGCGUGAACGGACGGAUGAAUAUUUGAUUUAAUUGUCAGAUUAAAUCCCCGACUUGUGAGACAAGGAGCCGCCGCCAUGGACGGGGGGUUGACUAUUACUUUUAUAUCGGUUGCGAUGUUUGUGGGUUGUUUUGUACUUGGAUUCAUCCCACUGUUGUUCAGACUCUCUGAGAAGAGCCUCCUGUUUGUCUCCAUCCUCGGGGCAGGACUCCUGUGUGGGACCGCACUGGCCAUCACCAUCCCCGAGGGAGUGGGCUUACUGGAGGAGUCAUGGAGAGCAUCUUCCUCUGAUGUGCCCUCCAGUCUGAAUGCCAGUGAGAAAAAUAAUAAUAGCAGCAGCUCCAAGGAGAAAGGGCUCCCACCUCGGUUUCUCAUCGGAGGGGCUUUGACGUUCGGGUUCACCUUCAUGUUUGUGGUGGAUCAGAUCGGAAGUUACCUCUCCGUGCGCGACCGAACAACUCGUAUGCCCAACACCGUGGGCAUAACGGCCACGUUGGGACUGGUCAUCCAUGCUGCAGCUGACGGGUUUGCUGUGGGAGCAGCUGUGGCUACGGAUCAAGUAACAGUGCAGGUUAUAGUGUUUCUCGCUGUGAUCCUACACAAGGCGCCUGCAGCUUUUGGCUUGGUCUCCUUUCUGAUGCACGCAGGCCUGGAGAAGAAGUACAUUCAGGGACAUUUACUCGCCUUUUCAGCAGCAGCACCCAUACUUGCCGUCACAACCUACUUCAUAUUGCGUGCGUCUGGCAGUUCAUCCCAGAGCCAGCUCAGGGCGACGGGUGUGGGAAUGCUCUUCUCCGCCGGCACCUUCCUCUACGUGGCCACGGUGCACGUUCUCCCCGAGGUCAGCAGCGGCAGGACGGGCCGCCCCCCCUCUGACCUCCAGCCGCAGCCUGUGAGCGAGGGCCACCGUCGGCAGCACAUGGGGCUCCUGGAGAGCCUCACACUGAUCCUCGGCGUCGGGCUCCCGAUGGUGCUGGCUCUCGGGCUGCAUGCCGACUGAGAAGAAAAACGUCUGGGGCCCCAUUAGGCUUCUACUCCCGAAAAGGAAAACGACUCCACCCAACUUGCCGUGUUUCAGUUUCAAUGAAACCAGCUGUGGUUUGAGUAUCAAAGUGGGUGUAAAGAAUCUGAUAGCGUCGUAUGUGGUAGGACGGGUAUUCCUUCCAAGAAUCACAAUGAGGGUAUCCUUUGUUGCCUUUGCCAUUGCCCUUUUUACCGUGUCACCCUAAGGACACGCCUUGUUCAGAGGUGUAUUGCCAGUGACUUGAUACGUUUGGAACAACAAAAUAAUCAGAUUCUGUUUAGAGAAAAUCUGUCAGGAAGACGUUAAGACGACCAAUGCAGGAGGGUACAAAUGACCAAGCAAAUCUUUCUUACAUGUCAAAGUAAUGAGGCUCAUUUUAUUUUUUUAAUCAGAACAACUGCCAAAGCUUGUUGGAUGUGAGUUGUAUCCAUAUGUAGAAAGUCCAGAUCUGUAUAGUUGUCGUUCAUAACCGACCUUUUCAAGUUGUUCCUUCCAAUCACAGAUAUUCCUCUACAUCCAUUUUGAAUUGGGGUUCUCUCUGUGGUCGUUCUUAAAAACAUGUCUGCUCAUGUUAAUAUUUGCUUGCUCGACCUUUUUUUUCUCGCUAUUUCACAGGUAUUAAAAAAAUAAGUUUUUUUUUCACACUUCAAAAGUGAUUUAUUCAUUAAACACAAAUACUGCAAUGUUUUGAAUACUAAUUUUGAAGUGACACAUUGGAAAUGAGGUGAUGACACUUAUACUUCUAAUCUCCAACAAACAUUGUUCCACUUGAGUUCAUGUACGCUUUACUUUUUCUGCCCUACUUUGACCAAAGACGUUUUUUCUUCUUUUAAAGUGCUUCUGGUGAUGCAGGGGGAAAUGAUGGGACACUGAAUGAAGCCAGAGGAGCAGAGAAAACCAAACCAUAGUCUGCCUCAUUCAGAGCGCAGUAUCUCUCAUUCAACCGUCCAAAAGUAUUUAACUGUUCUCUUAUAUGAAUUAUGAAUACAAGUGAACUGUUGAUUCUGUGGCGCCUCACCAGCACUGCUCAACUGCAAAAAAAUAAACUGCAUUCUCUCGUUA